AUGGAAUCUCAGACAACAGCUGGAGUUGCAGUCUUCGGGAAAAAAUCAGUAGGGAAAUCUGCUACCAUCGUGGUGUGGACCUCCCAGUCCUGUCUGCCCUCAGGAAGUCCUCCUUUGCUUCAGAGAGACCCUGUUAGCCCCAUCAACACGCCAGAAAAGCCACACUGCCUCAAAAAAGAUCAACCAACAACGCCAGCCCUCAGGAAAUAUUCCACGGCAGUGACAAGGCAAACACUGCCCGAUAACGGAGAGUACAACUCCCUCAGGAGAAAGAAAACAACAAGCAAGAUGAAGAAGCUGAGAAACCACCCCCAGUCAAACCAACAGGAGAACUCACCUAAAACAGUCAACAAUGAAACAGAUCUCGGCAGUCUGACAGACCUGGAGUUCAAAAGAGAAACAGUGAAAAUACUGAAGGAAUUAAGAGAAGAUAUGAACAGUAAUGCAGAUACCCUCAGAAAGGAACUAGAAAUAUAAGGAGGAGCCAAGAAAAACUAGAACAUUCCUUUGCAGAGAUGCAAACUGAACUAAGGGCCGUAAAAACCAGAAUGGAUAAUGCAGAAGAAUGAAUCAGUGAUAUGGAAGAUAGAAUAAUGGAAAUCACCCAAUCAGGUCAGCAGACAGAAAACCAAAUCAAAAAACUGGAAAGCAAUAUAAGAGACCUAUGGGAUAAGAUAAAGUGGGCCAAUCUACGCAUAAUAGGAAUUCCAGAAGGAGUACAAAAAGAUAAGGGAAUGGCAAAUAUAUUUGAGAAAAUUAUCGCUGGAAACUUCCCAAAUCUAAAGGAUACUGGGUUCAAAAUACAGGAAGCACAGAGGGCCCCAAACAAACCGAACCCAAACAGACCCACACCAAGACACAUCAUAAUAAAAAUGGCAAAAGUUAGUGAUAAAGAGAGGAUCCUAAAGGCAGCAAGAGAAAAGCAGAAUGUUACCUACAAGGGAACCCCCAUAAGAUUAUCAGCUGAUUUCUCUACAGAAACACUACAGGCCAGGAGGGAAUGGCAAGAGAUAUUUAAAGUGCUAAAAGGAAAAAAUAUGCAACCUAGAAUACUCUAUCCAGCAAGAAUAUCCUUUAAAAUAGAAGGGGAAAUAAAAAUUUUUCCAACAAACAACAACUAAAAGAAUACUGCAACACAAAACCCAGGUUAAAGGGAAUAUUGAAAGGGCUUCUCCAAACCAAAAAGAAAGGAAGGAAAGGGAAGAAAAAA